AGUGGCGCACGCGCAGUGCCGCGAGCCAAGUUUCCGGCGGGUCAUGGCGGCCACGUUCUUCGGUGAGGUGGUGAGGGCUCCAUGCCGAGCCGGGACGGAGGACGAAGAGGAGGAGGAGGAAGCAAGAGAGACUUCGGAGGACACGGAGGUCCGGCGGCAGCUGGCGCAGAAGAGGGAGGUGCAGCUUCUUAGAAGACAGACAGAAACAACUCUGGACGGUUCUCUGCUAGAAAAUCAUCCUUGCUCAAAGUUUAUAAUUGCUAUAGGAAAUAAUGCAGUAGCAUUUUUGUCAUCAUUCGUUAUGAACUCAGGAGGCUGGGAAGAAGUUGGUUGUACUAAACUCUGGAAUGAGUGGUGCAGGGCAGCAGACAGUCUACAUCUGUGCCCCACAGACGCUCUCUGUGUGUUCUAUCAACUGAAGUCCGAUCCCUCGAUCCUCAUCUGCCAGUGUAGUUGCUAUGUUGCUGAAGAUCAACAGUAUCAGUGGCUGGAAAAGGUUUUUGGCUCUUCUCCAAGGAAGAACUUGCAGAUAACUAUUCUCACAUGUCGACAUGUCACCGACUAUAAAACCUCAGAAUCUACUGGCAGCCUUCCUACUCCUUUCUUGAGAGCCCUAAAAACACAGCAUUUCAAAGACUCUGCUUGUUGCUCACUUCUGGAACAACCAAAUAUUGCACACGGUCUUCCUGCAGCAGUGCUGAGUUACUGUCAGGUGUGGAAAAUCCCCGCGGUUCUGUACUUGUGUUACACGGAUGUGACGAAACCAGACAUCGUUACCAUUGAAGCUUUCAAGCCCAUACUGUCUUCCAUGAGCUUCAAAGACCUGGUCACGGCUGUGCCCCGAUGCUCAGAGAUUCUGAAGAAAUUGACCUCAAGUGAGACUCAGAGUAACAUUUACACGUGACCCUGGAGUGCUGCCCACUCUGUCCAGUGCUUUAAGGGCAGCAGCUGGAACUGUUUUGUGUCUUAUGGGGGGGGAUGACUAUUUUGAGGGUGAUAAAGCAAAAUAAAAAGUGUAAUUGUGA